UUAGACAUACAAAUAGGAGGUUAAUUAAGGAAUUACUUAACCUAAAUAAUAUGAAAUUUAACUAGUUCGUUAUUAUUCUACUAGAUUUUAUUCCUGAGCCUCCUUUAGUGUGAGUUACUAUAGUUCAUAAUACCAAUAACUAUUGGUAAUAAAUAAAGACACCAAAAUUAUAAUUAUAAUAUAACUACGCGUUAUAGGUGGGGGUGAAGAGAUCAAAAAUCUUCAAAAAUGCGUUACGUAAUACUUGAACGGCCCCUUACCUGUCAUAGGUAUAGCAAAAAACUUACCCACGGUGUUGAUCAGUGACGGCAUGAUCUAGUGGGCAUAGCUUCAUAUUUUUCAUACUCUCUCAAUACAAAGAAUAUUAUUUUGCCGAAUACGUUCCUGGUACAGUCAUAGUAUGAUAUGGUGUAGUAGACAGACUUAUUUAUGGAUAGGCGUGCAUUUGGUGAUAAGACCAUAUGCACAAGAAUUGCAUACCCGCGAUACGUGAAGUGUGCACUAGGCCUGCGUGAUGGAUUAAGUUGUAAAUCCUAGUACAAGGAGCCCAUACCCAACAGUGGCAUAAAAUGUGUGCUCUGUGACUAUAAGAAUGCGAGUAAAAUGGCAGAAUAUUGUUCACAUCCAGACUGUUCGCUUAAAAAUCAGCACACGAUGUGCGUCGCCGCGAACAAGCAGAGUCCCAGGUUGUAUGCUUCGGGGAUGACUACUUGGAUGCGUUACCAGAUUUUACUUUUACACAACCGGCAUAGGGAUAACAUAGCUAUGGGCUUGGAAGCUGGACAGCCUCCUGCCACUAAUAUGCGGAAGAUGUACUGGGACUAUGAACUAGAAGAAAUGGCUGAAGUUUGGGCCCGUCAAUGCCAGAAGCGUCACGACGAAUGUAGGAAUACGAUCAGAUUUAAUGUUCUGCAGAACAUGGACGUCCGUCCAGUCGUGUCAAGAGUGACAGAAGCACAACUACUAGCUGAUGUUGUUGGCGCGUGGUUUUCAGGGUCAAGAGCCUUGCCUCCAGAACACGUUUGGUCAUUCCAACUCUCUAACUGCAGCGCACCAGGUGGGUGCAACGCGCAUUGGUAUUCAGCUGCCGCUUGGGCAUCUACGUGGCGUCUGGGUUGUUCACAAGCUUUGUGUACAGCCAAAAAACGAUCCUGUGCCCUUUUCCGCAAGAAAAGAACACUACAAAAUUCUGACGACGAACCAGCAAAUGUAACAAGAACGACAAAAAGAGAAAAUAUAUUACGAAGGACAAAAUAUAUGACUACAGCCACUCAUCCACGCUUUGAAGAUUUUGCUACAACUGAGAAAUUAAAUAAUAAAGAGUCACCUUUGCAUCGAGGCAUUUUAGACUUUGAAAAUAAGAAAAAAGCGGAACCGAAAAUUAUAGCAUUUACAUUUUGUAAUUAUGGUCCAGCGGGGAAUAUCGAUGGUUUUCCUAUUUAUGACGCUGGUACUACGUGCACAAACUGUCCUGAGGGCACGCAGUGUGGAGACCGGACUCACAGAGCUUUGUGUUCCGUCGCUGGUGAUCCUGACAUCACACGUCCAAAGACCAAAAAGUAGGAAAUUCAUCUCGUUUAGCUAAAAAAAAAUGGUCUAGGCCCGUACGUAAUAGAAGCCUUUUUUGUUAUUGCUGUCGGUAAAAAAUGUCAGUGAUAAUAUAAUGAGAGUUCCAGGUCGAGCUUUAUUACAUAUUCUUAAUUUUCAUGUGGUUAUUUUAGAAUAAUUAUUAAAUUAUAUUACGA